AUGGCGUGUGCGCAGGGGCUGACGGCGUGUCCGUGGUGCGAUGAUGGCCCGCGCAGCGACUCUGCUGUGAAGCAGAUCCUGCUCACCAUGAACGAGAAGCAGAGCUUCAUCAUCGAGGACCUGGACGACCACCAUGUGGUCAUCAAGGCGGACGAGGAAUGGCGUGUCAGGCGAGAGCUGGAGGAUGAGCUGGAGAAGAAUACGUACAAUCAGGAGUGA